CACAGCCCGACGUUUAAUUGCAAAAAAAUAUUUGCUAGAUAGUGACGUGUUUAAUUAGAAUUUUUAAAAGUGCGUAAUAAAAAAAAUUAGACAUUAUUAAUAAUGUGGUUCAAAUUAGUAUUGGGACUGACUGCUGUAUUAUCAGUAACGGGGAUAAGAGUUGAAAUCGAAAAUGAAGAACCAAAAGAUAACACUUCAGUACGUCCCCCUACUGAACAAUUGCAUGAGCCAGUCUACUUCGAGAACCUUGAAGACAGAACAUUUGUUAUUCCUCACGAACCGGAAAAGCGUGCCCAAGUUAUAGUGGAAGGAGCACCAAAGCUGGCUACAUAUUUGCUACCGCCGUUGACUGGGAAACAAUCAGAUUAUCAAUAUCAACAGAUUCCUUCUAGCGAUCAAAGCGAUUGGUACCCAAUGACGUAUUUAUCUCAAAACUCUCCCAAUACUGUACCGAUCAUACUAACCGAGAUGAAUGAAACUGAAGCUCUCAAAAUAAUAAAGAACACUAGACAGCAAAAAGAGUUACAACAAGAACAAUCAUCUGUACCAACACCAUCUACUGAAUUGCAACCUCCAGCUCCAGAUGCACCUAAUGAUUAUAUAGUUACCUCUCCAGCUGAGGAAUUAGAAUAUGCCAAGAAUCCCAUUCAAAGAUUAAACGGUCAUAGAAAUUUAGAACAUCAACGCCUCACGUUCAAUGGCGACCAAAACCGAUUUCUACCUCACUUCCAAAGCCUAUAUAAAGAGAAAUUAAUCUUACCACAAAUGUUACCAUAUAAUCCUCCGUUAUCCAAACACAAAAUACCUACGAGAUUUUACCCCAAGAAAUAUUCUGAGGGAUUUAAACCGAUUCCAAUCCCGAUAUCUAAGUACGUCGAGGAUUCUAAUGAUGAUGAAAUUCCUAAAGCGAAGCCACAGAAACCUUUUUAUCCGAUGUUAAGCACUAACGACGAGUACCAAACGACGGAUGAGAAAAAGGUUUAUCUUUUUGAAGAAGCUGAAAAGAAACGGAAGAUGCAAAAAGAAAAUUUGAAUGAAAAGCAGACUUUGGCAGACAUCAACAAGGAGGAUAUAAAGCUACCCACCGCUGAACAGCAAGCUUCGGCGAGCCACAUAAGAUAUCCUGAACGUAGUGCUUAUUAUGGAUCGGGCGAGUACAGCCAGCAGAAGCAACGGGAGCCGCUCGCGUCGCAGCCCCCGCCCCCCGCGCCCGCCGAGCGCACGGAGUUCCGCAUGCACGGCAUGAAGGGACCGCAUAGCUACCAGUUCGGAUACGACACUGGCAAAGGUAAAAAUCGUCAGUUUAGAUACGAGGAACGUGACAAUGACGGUCACGUGCGCGGCCACUACGGCUACAUGGACAGGCACGGCAAAUUGAGGGUGGUCAACUACGACGCUGACCCAGUGCACGGCUUCCGAGCUGAAACGCCUGUUGAAAAAGAACAGUAGAAAGCGCCUGUAGAAUAAUAAUAGUGAAAUAAACAAACAACAGCAAUUAAUACAACCGGUAUUAAAUUAAAGGAUAGUUUGCAAAAGAAAUUCGAACGUUAGAAUAGAAAUGGUAAUGUUCGAAUUUAAUUUGCAAACUAAUUUGAUUAAUCUAUUUUAAUUUUAAACACAUCUUACAAACGCCAUAUUGAAUAAAUAACGUGUGUAUUAAACAGAUGGAAUCUAUUUGCAGAAAAAAAAAAUAAAUGUAAAGCAAAUGUAGGAGUGUACAAUUGAGGAAAGUUUAGAGCAGGGCCGAUAAACCCCGAUUUAAAAGUUAAGCCGUUAAAAGCUUUGACCGUGUUAUAUAUUAAACAAAGUUUUGGGUCUACGCUUACGUUAAAAUAUUAGGUGUUAAACAAUAAAUUGUUUUGUAGCUUGUUAUUUUAUUAAAUGUUAAAUAUUAAUUUAUUAGUAAUAGGUUA